AUUGAAGCUUGUCUGAUGCUGGUUCUGAGGAUACCCAAUAUCGUAGGCGUUGCGAGGUGACAGUGCACUUCGAUAUGAUGUGUUCCCCACGCCAGAAGGCUACUGUGGCUCAGCCAAUACUCGCGAGAGCGUUAAUGCCGCUCGGGCAAGCCUUGCGAGGUGGUUAAUGCAGACUUUGCAAUGGCGGAUGAGUGUCUUGUAAAUAUAAGCACGAAGAGGUCUGGCCGUCGUGGAUCGGACUGCAACAAUCUUCCUACCAGGAUCUACGUACCUGUUUCACCAGACGCUGACAUAAAGAGCGUCCCUUUCCAUCUUCGACUUUUCUCUGCGCCAUCACGAAUCCCAGCAUCAUGAUUGUCGACGCCGCUGUUGCUGGUGCUGUGAACCUGGUGGCCCGGAGUUAUAGUGCCACCGGGCUGCCAGGUGGCAAGACAGCUGCCGAGUAUGCUGUCGAAGGCAGAUACAGCUAUGUCCCAUCCUUUGCUGCAGCGAUCAUUUUCUGCGUUCUCUUCGGCUUGGCCUUUGUCAUCAAUGUGUAUCAACUCUUUCGACACCGUGCAUGGUUCUGGUGGGUGAUGAAUUUCGCCGUCCUCAUGGAACUGGUAGGAUACAUCGCUCGAGCUCGGUCCAUCAAGGAACUCGAUGGCAAGUCCAUUUUCAUCGUCCAAACGGUCAUGAUCCUGGUCGCCCCAGCAGUCAUGGCAGCCUCAUGCUACACAGCCUUUGGCCGAGUCACCUUAUGGGUCGUGCCUCAAGAAUACCAGACCGUCAAGCAUCUCUGGGUGCCCCCUCGCCGCAUCACACCGGUCUUCGUGGGCUGCGACGUCUUUAGCUUUUUCAUCCAAGUCGUGGGAGGAUCCAUGGUCGCGGCAGCAAACAGCAUAUCAAAGGCAAACACUGGCAAGAACGUGGUACUUGUGGGACUUGCUUUGCAGCUGGUAACUUUUGGGUUCUUUGUGUUCGCGGCGGGUCGCCUCAACUACAAGCUGAAAACCGAACUCCGAAACGCAUCCCUACCGAGAGACCGAAAUUGGGAGAUGUUCCUGAAUGUGAUCAACAUCGCCAACUUGUUGAUCUUGGUCAGAACAUUGCUGCGCUUGGUCGAGUUUGCAAUGGGCACCUCCAACUACCUUACCAACCACGAAUGGUUUUUCUACGUCUUUGACGCCACGCUGAUGUUCCUGGUGGCAGCCAUCUUCCUUGUCUUUCACCCUGGAUACUAUUUACCCUACCUGGGCAUCCGACGCAGGGAGCAGAAAUUCUCCAAGAAUGCCGACAAGGGACCUCUCAGCAGGUUGGCUCAUGGGCGCAAGACGAUGAACGAGGCGGUCUGAGAGAGCGACAAGCCUGGCGGUGACAUGUUAACCUGUCAUGUGGUUCAAUUGCAGGGGAUUCAAUGGUGGUUGAAUUGCA